GAUUUGACCGCUGGGUAUGUGGUUACCAGGGCUGCCUUCUGCUCUGCAUCUGGCAAAGUGAAGAUUGUUGCUAUCAACGACCCCUUCAUUGACCUCAAGUACAUGGUCUACAUGUUCUGGUAUGACUCUACCCAUGGCAAAUUCAAUGGCACAGUCAAGGCUGAGAAUGGGAAGCUUGACAUCAACAGGAAGCCUACCAUUAUCUUCCAGGAGUGAGAUUCCACUAACAUCACAUAGGGUGAUGCUGGUGCUGAGUAUGUUGUGGAGUCUACUGGCAUCUUCACCACCAUGGAUCCACAUGAAGGGUAGGGUCAAAAGGGUGAUUAUUUCCACCCCUUCAGCUGAUGUCCCCAUGUUUGUGAUGGGUGUGAACCACAAGAAAUAUGACAACUUGUUUAAAAUUGUCAGCAAUGCGUUCUGCACCACCAACUGCUUAGCCCCUCUGGCCAAGGUCAUCCAUGACAAAUUUGGCAUUGUGGAAGGGCUCAUGACCACAGUUCAUAUCAUCAUUGCCAUUAAAAAGACUGUGGAUGGCCCCUCUGGAAAGCUGUGGCAUGAUGGCCGUGGUGCAGCCCAGAAGAUCAUCCCUGCAUCCACUGAUGCUACCAAGGCUGUGGGCAAGGUCAUCCCAGAGCUAAAUGGGAAGCUCACUGGCAUGGCCUUCCAUGUUCCUACCCCCAGUGUAUCUGCUGUGGAUCUGACAUGCUGCCUGGAGAAACCUGCCAAGUAUGAUGACAUUAAGAAGGUGGUGAGUCAGGCAUCUGAGGGCCCACUAAAGGGCAUCCCGUGAUACACUGAGGACCAGGUUGUCUCCUGUGACUUCAACAGCAACUUCCACUCUUCCACCUUUAAUGCUGGGGCUGGCAUUGCUCAAUGACAACUUUGUAAAGCUUAUUUCCUGGUAUGACAAUGACUACGGCUACAGCAACAUGGUGGUGGACCUCAUGACCUACAUGGUCUCCAAGGAGUGAAAAAACCCUGGACUACUCACCCCAGCAAGGACACUGAGAGCAAGAGAGAGACCCUUGGUUGUUGAGAAGUCCCUUUCUGAACUUGGACCCCAACACUGAGUAUCUCCCUCACAAUUUCCAUCCCAGACCCUCAUAAUAACAGGAGGGGCCUAAGGAGCCCUCUCUACUCUCUUGAAUACCAUCAAUAAAGUUCACUGCACCUACAAAACAAAAAAGAUGUUAUGGGAGAGGGCCAAUGAGACGGAUCGGUGGGCAACAGCAUUUGCUCAUAAGCCCGAUGACCUGAACUUAAUUCCUAGGACCCAGCUGGUAGACGGAGAGGACAGAUUCCUAUAAGUUUUCCUCCGACCUCCACAUGUGCAUUGUGGACUAUAUUCACAUUUGCUGAACUUGUGUAUUGUUACAACUGUCUACUUCUAUUAAUCACUCUUAAUCUCUCGCUGAGCUAAUUUAUAACUUGAUGUUGGAUGUGCUGGUAUAAGGGAAAACAAAGCAUAUAAGGUCAGGCUCUCAAUGUAUAAGUUCUGCAUCAACAGGUCCAACCAACCAUGAUUCAAAAAAAAAAAAACCAAUGGUUUUAAACCACGUCUAUACUGAACAUGUGCAUAGCUUCUUCUUGUCAUUGCUGCCUGAGAGCAGCAAUGGGCAUAACAGCAGUGGGCGUCGCAUUUCCCAUGUAUUCAGUGUUAGAAGAAUAAGAGAUGCUUUGGAGCUUCUGGGAGGAUGUGCAGAGAUGAUACUCUACACAUGCGGAACUUGAACAGCGACUGCUGUGUUUUCUGGUUCUCACACAGCGUAUGGAGCUGUUCUACAGAUACUGAGGGACAACUCUAAGGGCUCAGUACGGGCGCUUCAGUCAUCUCCUGGGAAUAUUUAGACUAC